GUUUGUUUUUGAAGCCAUAUCUUGCAUCCCUCACAGAACCUUCACACGGCAUUCACUGUCACUCCACCCAGCAGAAGCACUCGGACAGGACAAGAUGUCUGGAGAGAUCUUUUCUCCUCUAGAUAAUAUCUAUGACCUGGACAGUGCCAACUGCCAUCCUCUGGUGUGCCACUUGUGCCAAGAACAGUAUGAGCAUCCAUGUUUACUGGACUGUUAUCACACUUUCUGUGCCAGCUGCCUGCGCGGAAGGACUGUGGACAGCCGACUUACUUGCCCUCUCUGCGGACAUCAGUCUGUUGUGAAAGGAAUAAAUGCACUUCCUCCAGAGGAUCGACUCCUGAAGUUCUUGUUGGACAGUUCAGCAGACAGUGAGGAAACCGUGCAGUGUGCUAACUGUGAUUUGGAGUGCAAGAAACAGGAUGUGGAUGCAAUGUAUUAUUGCAACACUUGUUGCCAGCCACUGUGUCGAGACUGCAGGGAAACCACCCAUAAGGCCAAGAUGUUUUCCUGCCACGAGAUUGUCUCCUUGGCAAAGCGCACCAAAGAAGCCCACAAAAAAUGUGCCCUCCAUGAGGAACUCUACAUCAUGUUUUCUACCGAGAAAAAGUCCAUGCUCUGCAUCAACUGCUUCAGAGACAUGCAAGUGGAGAACAGAGCACACUGCAUUGAUAUUGAGACAGCAUAUUUACAAGGCUGUAAAAAACUGGACCAAGCCGUCUUAGCUGUGAAGGAGCUUCAGACUUCAGCUCGAGAAGCAAUUAUUCUGCUCAAAGCCAUGAUUGGAGAGGUCAGAACCAAUGUGGAUGAAGAGGAGAGCGCCAUCUGCACAUUGUUCAAUAAUAUGCAGGAAAAACUAGCAGAGAGAAAAAAGAUCCUACUCAAAGCAGCACAAAGCCAGCAUGAGGAGAAGGAGAGAGCCUUUAAAGAGCAGUUAUCUCAUCUUGCAGCACUCCUCCCAACUCUCCAGGUUCAUCUUGUUACAUGUUCUGCCUUUCUAAGCUCGGCAAAUAAGUUUGAGUUUUUGGACAUGGGAUAUCAAUUAAUGGAGAGACUAAAGAAGAUUGUAAAACUACCACACAGACUGAGACCAGCUCAAAGCAGUAAGAUAAACACAGAGUAUCGCUCUGAGUUUGCGCGUUGCCUGGAGCCUCUCUUGCUGUUGGGACAACGGCGUUCACUGUCCACUACGGGGAGUGUGGCUUUAGGUCUGGGAAACGCCAGUGGACUGAUGCAAUCAUCCCUGUCAGUGCAAUGUCCCUCUCCAGCCAUUAGUGACAUGUCACUGUGCUCCUCGGUGGUGCGCAGGCCGACCUCACACCGUUACAUCAGCACCAAGGUUCUGCUGGCGGAGGGUGGAGAGACGCCCUUUAUGAACCACUGCUGCAACUACGAGAACAGCUACAGGACUUUACAGACCCAAAUCCAGAAGCUCAAAGACCAGGUGCAGGAGAUUCACAGAGACCUGACCAAGCACCAUUCCCUCACCAAACCCGACACCAUGAGUGAGAUUUUAGAGCGCUCUGUACAGGUGAACGGACAGAUAUCUAUAGAGUACUCCUCAGUGGAGCUCAUGCGGGCCAUUUUCGAGGAGAUCUGGGAGGAGACAUUACAGAGGGUGGCAAAUGAACAGGAGAUUUAUGAGGCACAACUUCAUGACCUGCUUCAGUUAAAACAGGAGAACUCUUAUUUGACCACUAUCUCCAGACAAAUAGGCCCUUACAUUCACUCCAUAGCGAAAGUGAAAGAGCGUCUGGAGCCCAGGCUGAAGGAGCCUAAAGAGCUGAAAGAUGAUCGCACAGAGAUCAUGCUGAAGCUCUAUGAGGACAGCACCUCGACUGUGGACACACAGCCCAGUAAUGAGCUGUCCUGUAACACUGAGGACAUCUGGACUCCAAACAGCCUAUCAGAAGAGACCAAUCCCAAGAACAAGGAAUACUACAGGCCAAACAAACAGAAGAACACCACUGAUACAGCCAACCGCAAAGAGAUACCAGUGUGAAACCGCUUUUGUGUUGAUCCUACAAACGGUUGUCAGCUUAGAUAUCUGUUAAACUGAACAAUAAGCAUGUGUUAAUGUAAAUCUGAUAUACCGAAGCUUGAAUAAAAACAGUUCACAGUGCUUGCAUUUUAGAGAAUCACAGUAAUGUCAAAUAAAAGUGAUAAGCGUUCA